AUGGACACUGUCAAGUCUGCCUUUGCAGGCUCGCACUCUUUGAAAACCACUGUACGAAGCUGGGGAAACCGAGAAGCCAUGCACACAUCAUGGCCCGACAAUUCCAGGUUUCGUAGAGCUCUCAAAUUGGCUGCUUGCCUCGUCUUGGUCUACAUCAUCUUCUCAAUUCCCACCCCAUGGCAUCGAAGCAGUCAUCAACGACAACAAUACAUGAAGCCAGACUCUUCAUUCCAAGAAAUCGAAAUCACAGGCUUCGUCAACAAAGGUCUCCCCAUCAACGUCUCCUGCGAAAGCCUCCGCCACAACACCACAAUCUCCGUACAAAAUAGCACCCACCUCACCGACGACUUAGAAGCAAUCGCAAACUCCCUCUCAUCCCACCCCAUGGUCGUCUACCGCGAAGACCGAAAAUCCAUCUCUCAAACCUGGUCCCGCAUGGCCGGCUCCAGCGUCUGGCUCCCAGACCAUCAAGUCUACCUCUCCAUCACGCGCAUAAUCUUCUACGACGACGGCGUCAUCAGCUGGCCCGUAAUCAGUUUCAUCCGCGCCCAACUCUACGAUGAAAAUUUCAACGAACUCCAUCAAACUCUGACCUGGCCCCACAAUGGCCAAAAAUUCUCUUUCCCGCACAUCUUGGACAUUCCUGUAGACUACGAGAAAGGCGGUAAAGUUUUUGGACCCGAGGAUGCGAGGAUUACAAUUGAACAGGGAGUGAAAGGUGCGGAACCCGUGAUUGUUUUUAAUAUGAUUUCCAAGGAAUCCAAGUGGAAGCGCGCGAUGCAUACUUAUCGGCCUUUUUCGAGGGAAUUGAAAAUGUUGAAGAUUCGAGGGAGGGAGCCGUUGGACAAAGAGAAAAAUUGGGCGCCGUUUUUCCAUGGGGAAGGGGUUACCGCGAGUCGGCAUAUUAUGAUUGUGUAUAUGCCGUCUCCGUUGCAGAUUCUGUGGUGCUCGUUGGAGAAUGGGGAGUGCGAUGUGGCGUAUCAUCAGCAGGGUUUGGAGCCCGGGUUGUUGACGGAGCAUGUGGGGGAAGCGCAUGCUUUGAAGGGAGGGUCGAAUUUUGUGAGUGUGAGGCCGGGGGUUUGGAUCGGGUUGCCGAGGACGCAUAUUGAUGUGAAGUGUGGGUGGAAUAAUCCGAUUUAUCGGCCGAUGUUUAUGUUUCUGGUGAGUGCUGGGGAUACGUAUCAUGUGGCGUAUGCGUCGGGAGCUGUCGACUUUGGGGCUGCGGUGUUGAAUGAGGAGCAGCAAAAGGAUCCUUGUCAUGCGGGGAGAAUUUUGAUCCCGAAUAGUAUUGCGAGACUGGACGGGAAUGCUUUGACGAUUACGUUCUCUGUGGACGAUAGAACGAACCAGGCGGCGAAAGUCAUUAUGGAUAUGGAUUGGCAGGCUGUGGGGGCGGUCAAUGUUUCGGAGAGGGUCAAUCGAGCAGCGGUGGGAAAUGAUGUUGUGAAGUGUGGCAUCGAGUCACACAUCAACAAUACACAUGCCAUGGCGGACGUGUGGUAUCGAGAGCAUCCUGAUCAGACACCAUGA